GUCCGUUACUCGUUCGCGUUUGCGCUACUCGCAGUUGAUGACAUCGAUAUGUCAAUACUUAUAAAGCACGAAAUCUUUGAAAAGUGUAUGAUGUCGUAGAAACGUAAGAAUACACGAAGGGAGUAAUCGUAGUCGUAAUAGUAAUUAGGCUAUGAGAAAGUCGAACAAAUCUUGGACAGGUGUGGGUAACAUUUCGACAGUGUGUUUGUCCGAAGUGAAGAGGGACCGUGAGGACCUCGAAGACCGUCUUCCGAGCUUUUACAUGAAGGAACAGGAUAUUCCUGAAUACUUGGAAGGCUGUGGUUUGACCACCUGUACAGCCGGCGACAUGCCUGAGGACGUGGACGUCCUUCGGGAUAACAAGGAGCAGUCGAAGGAGAAGAAGUUGUCGUUCGCGUCGAUAGGAAGCCCCGACACGAAAAAAACGGUGACUGUCAAGCAUCCCGAGUCAAACAAACCGAAGCCGACUACCAAGAAAGGGAAACCGAUACAAGCGGAUUUGGACGUCUCGAAAGAAUUCACGAGAUGCAAGGACGAGUGCUUGAAGCGGCUGGAUCUGAGCAAAUCCAACAUCACGCAUUUGCCUAACACAGUGCGGGACCUGACGCAUCUGGUCGAAUUUUAUCUGUACGGUAACAAACUCGCAACGUUACCACCUGAAAUCGGCUACCUCACAAACUUGGAGACGUUGGCUCUGAGCGAGAACUCGCUGACGAGUUUACCGAACACGUUGGAGAACUUAAAGUCCCUGAGAGUUCUCGACCUGAGGCAUAACAAGCUGAGCGAGAUACCCGAUGUCGUCUACAAGCUGACGAAUCUGACGACCUUGUUCUUACGCUUCAAUAGAGUCAGAUACGUAAGUGACAACAUACGAAAUUUAACGAAUUUAACGAUGCUUAGUUUGAGGGAGAAUAAGAUCAGAGAACUUCCGGCUGGUAUCGGCAAAUUAGUCAAUUUGAUAACGUUCGAUGUUUCUCAUAAUCAUCUCGAACACUUGCCCGAGGAGAUUGGGAAUUGCGUCCAAUUGUCUACGCUCGACUUGCAACACAACGAGCUCCUGGACAUUCCCGACACGAUUGGAAAUCAAACCUCGUUAUCGAGAUUAGGACUUAGAUACAAUAGAUUAACCAGUAUUCCAAAGUCUUUGGCAAAUUGUAAAUUGAUGGACGAGUUCAGCGUGGAGGGAAAUCAAAUAUCUCAAUUGCCGGAUGGACUGCUCGCGAGUCUUUCGGACUUGACGACGAUCACGUUGUCCAGGAACGCUUUCACCGCGUACCCGUCUGGAGGACCAGCUCAGUUCACGAACGUCUAUUCCAUCAAUCUCGAGCAUAACAAAAUAGACAAGAUACCGUAUGGUAUCUUCUCGAGGGCGAAGAAUCUCGCCAAGUUGAACAUGAAGGAGAAUCAGUUGACCGGUUUACCGUUAGACAUUGGUACAUGGGUCAAUAUGGUCGAAUUAAAUUUGGGUACGAAUCAAUUGACGAAGAUCCCUGACGAUGUCCAAUGGCUUCAAAAUCUAGAAGUGUUGAUACUUUCGAAUAAUCUUUUAAAACGUAUUCCUGCCACUAUAGCGAACUUGCGUAAGCUCAGAGUAUUAGAUCUCGAGGAGAACAAGAUCGAAUCGUUACCUAAUGAAAUUGGUUUUUUAAGAGAGUUGCAGAAAUUGAAUUUACAGUCGAAUCAGCUGACUUCUUUGCCAAGAGCCAUCGGACAUUUGAUCAAUUUGACGCACUUGAGCGUCGGAGAAAAUAAUCUCAAAUGUUUGCCCGAGGAGGUCGGCACGUUAGAAAAAUUAGAUUCGCUUUACGUUAACGACAACGUUGAAUUAGAUAAUUUACCAUUCGAAUUAGCUUUAUGUACAAAUCUUAGUAUAAUGUCCAUUGAAAAUUGUAGACUGUCGCGAAUACCUCCGGAGAUAGUGGCAGGAGGACCGUCGGUAGUAAUACAAUUUUUGAAGAUACAAGGCCCGUAUCGGUCCAUGUAACGAAAUUAAAAAUACGAUUAUCAGCUCCCUAUGCACGGUGAAAUGUGUUGCGGUACAUGCGUCGAUUUGCACGACACACGUUCAAAUGUAUUUACGUAGUCCGGAACAGCGUCAGAAGAUGCAGGAACCAGCGUUUUAUACUUUGUUCAAAGAGAGAACCGGACGAGUUCGCCGGAGGCGAACUGAUUUCUUGAAACCUAUGUCCCGAUGCAUGUAUCGUAAUGCACGUUGCACCGUGUCUAGGGCCUAUUAGAUGUCGAUUCUUAAUGAUUUGUUAAAUGCGUUAUUAGGGGCGUGCAGGUGACCGAGUUUUCUGGUAUCCGCGCACCACUGAUUGUCGUAAAAUUGUUUUCUUGCCAAGUAUCAUCGAUACUGAUUAAAGACAAGUGAACUAUUUCUUUGCAGUAAAGUUUUAUAUGCACAGCGGAAAGACGGUGCCAAUAUUAAUUUUAAUUAACUAUAUAUGAUCACCUUGACGAGGGAUCAUUACUUCUACGGUUGAUCGAGUUUUAUUUAUAGCUAAAAUAUAUUGAUUUUUUUAACAUAUUCUACGACGCGUACAUUUAACUGUAAGGUACUGACGGAGUUUGUUUAACGCAAUUCUAAUUAGCGCUAUUUAAACACGCUGCAGGGUAGUCUGGUUUCCUCGACAAUCGGGAGAUAAGAUUACGAGUACGAUGGAACUUGGCAAAUUUUUUAACUGCAAUUAAGAGAAAGUAUGUCUAUUCUAUAAUUAUUCAUGUACGAAGAUGUAUGAUUUGUUAUCUACCUAUUUACACGAUUUUUCUACACUAGUUAUGUUCUAAAUAUGAUAUGUAACGUAUUUACAUUAACUUUGUCUUUCAAAUUUCUACAAACUUGUCCAUGGAGUAAAGACGGAUAAUAAUAUUGCACAAACGAGAUUUCGCCUGCCCUUCCGUUCGAUUUAUUUCUACAAGUUUUCGUAGAUUAAAUCAAUGUUAUUAAGUUUUACGCUACGUAUUAAAUGAUAACGUUUACGUGUUGCAACUAUCAAUGUCAAUUUAUGGAAUUCGUGUCGAAAUGCUUAUCUUUGUACCAUCUCGGUAUUUAUGUUAAACGGUAAUAGUUGUCCAUAUAAUUUAUGAAAGUGUACAACGUUUAUCUUCUUUCAUAAAGAGAUGUACGAAACGUUACGAGUUUAAAGUAUCGUUUUAUUUCGACGAUAUAUGUUUAACACGUGUUACAGUAUAAAAUAAGUUGAAGGAUAUGUGCAAGAGUUGCCAAAAGGAAUACUAAAAUACAAAUUGUUGUGAUAAACUGUUGAAACAGUUUUAAAAUACAUAAGUAUAAUACGCUAGUACGAUUGGAAGAUAAUUAAAUUUAUAUGAAAAUGAUGAAGAAUAAAUAACUUUUCAAAUUAUAAAUCGCGGUAUAUGUAUAAUU